AUGGCUAAUGCUUCAGACUGUUCUUCUAGUAGAUCGCUACCUCCAAUUCAUGAAACAUUGGGCCAUUUGCGACACAAUUGUGUUGUGCCAACGCUGGAUGAGUCUAUUUCUAUCCCCAUUUGUCAGGCGAACACAGAGACAAAUUCUUUAACUUCAUCGCCCUGUACAGUUCUUUUAAGCGCUAAUGUUUCUGAUUCUCAAAUUUUAUCACCCGUUCAAUGUGUUUCUACACCUCAGAUUAUUAAUGGUAAUCAAAUACAAUCAAAUGCGAUUGAAUCUCAUGAACAAGAACAUUGGUAUAUACUUAUGCACAUAUGCGCACAUAUACGUAUACAUACACAUAGACACAGGCAUAAAUUCACAAAAGUGCAAAUUCUUAUUUCAACAAUGGAACCAUCACCAUUCAGUCAGUUAAAUUUAAAUGAUGAAUUGUCGCCUGUCAUGCAUCAACUAUCCGCACAAGUUCAUUCGAUGUCGCCUCAUUUUAUUCAAAAUAUUGGAAAUGAUCAAGCAAUCAAUCAUGAUACUACACAACAACGGAUGCAUGAAACUACCAUUCAAUUCGUAAAUGAUGAACAACGGUCUCUUCCAAUUCAGCAAGAAAUUCACUAUAUAAAAAAUGAUGAUUCUUGUGAUAAUGGAAGUCUCACUAAUGCAGCGAAUCGAUCUAAUGAAAUCGUUGAAGAAAAUAGUCAAUUUUUGAUAGAUCAGAAUGAUUUAUUAGAUGAAAAACAAUUACUUCCAAAUCGAGUUGCAUACGUAUUGAGCGGUUUUAACAAUUUUAUUUCAAAUGGUGAUAUGGCACAAUCAUCAGUAUCGAUGCAACAAGUUUUUAUGGACCCAAAUAUUCGAAAUCAAACAUUUUCGCCGAAUGGUCAAAGAUGCACAACAAAUCAUGCUUAUCAACUUGUUUCUGCGAAUAGUUCUGUUCAGUUGGCCAGUACUGUUGAUAGCCAUCUAAAGCAGAAGCAAAACGAUGAACAUACUGGCACAAUCAAAGCUCAUAGCAGAUCAUCCAGUACUAGGAACAGUCGUGGUUCGGCUAAAAAACAAGUGUUGGAUUUAAAAAAUGUUGAGGAAGAGGUUGCAAGGAACGUAUCACAGAUUCUCAGCGCAUCAAUGAAUCAGAAAUUGUCAUCAUCUGGAUGUAAUGUGAAUUCGCUUGCUAAUGGUAAUUCAAGAGUAAAAAAUUCUUCUGCUUCUUCUACAGCUAUAAAUUCCUUCCAUAUUUCGGAUGCAGUAAAUACCGCAAAAUCGGUAACCUCAUUGACAACUGCUCGUAAAUUCAUUUGUGCAGAUUGUCAGAAAUCCGUUAGCACCCAUAGAAAUCUUCAGCGACAUCGUAUGUCUUGUAAAUCUGCACUUUCAUCAAGUACCAAACAACGUCAGUUUUGCUCUUCACCAUCAGCCAGUCGAUUUCGGCUUGAUGCUACUGAAGCUACAGCUGAAAAUAUGGUUUUAACUUCUACUGACAAUUUUUCGAUCACUUCUGUCGCUGUUUGCGUAGCAAAUUCUACUUUAUCCUUAGUUGAACGCGCCAGUUAUACAUUGUCAAAAUCUACUCCUUGUUCAGCGCAGCAAUUAACAGUACAAACUCCUGUUAUUAGUUGCGUUUCUACAAAUAGUGGCAGUAUGCAACAAGGUUGCACUGAGUUUUUGGAGAGUUCUGUCGAUCAAAUCGCUACACAUGACAACAUUAAUGUUCUUACUAAUGAAAGUGCGUUAGAUAAUCAUUCAAUGAGGUCUGUUUCUUUUAUUGAUGCUGAUGUUGAUGUUGGCAACGAUAUUUUGCAACAAAAUUUUUUGACUUCCGAUUAUGCAAACAAUCAAUUACAGUCGACUAAAUCAUCAGAAACCAUAUUUCGAUGUGAAUCGUGCAACAAAACUGUUAGUUCGAAUAGAAGCUUGAAGCGGCAUCGUAGUACUUGUAAACGAUAUCAGCUUGAUUUAAUAAUGAAGGAUUCUGCGCAAAAUGGUUCGACUAAUCUUGCAGAUAAUGUACAAUUAUCUAGCAAUACUGAUGCAGCAUCUGAUGUAACAGAUUCUCAAAAGUGCAAUCUUCUCUAUGUCAUCAAUGAGAUAUCGGCUGCAGAGGAAAUUGUUAAUGGAUCUUCGGGUGGAUCUACGUCACUUGUCCAAUAUUCCAGUACAAAUUCAUUGAGAGAUUCCUUGAAUGCCAACGUAGUGCGAUCGACAAAUGGAGCAAAUAAUACGUCUAACGUUUGUGGCGAUUGCAACAGAUCUCUCUGUAGCGCAUCGAAUCUAAAACGCCAUCGUGCCACUUGUAAGGCUGCAAAUGCCAGAGUGCCAAGCCCAAUUGCCUCUUCGAACAAAGUCAGCCGACCUCAUAUGCAACUUGAUAAUAUUCAUGUUGAUGAACGUGAGCGCUUAAUACUCGAUCGAUCCUAUGCAGCUGCCGUUGCAGCAUCGAAACAAUCACCAAAUGCCAGAAGACGUUCAAUAAAUAACAAUACACCAUGUUAUCAGAAGCAAACGAUUCUUGAUUCGCAUGCGCAAAUAACCGUUGGUGAACAUCUGCGCGCGCAGCAUAAUAAGAGACGUCAGCAACAACAGCAGUUGCAGAAGCAGAUUUUACAGCAAAGUAAGCAACAGGAAAAUCAGCAGGAACAAUUACAGCAAGAAUUAUUAGAGCAAAAUGUUAUUAAAGACCAACAAUUUAUAAAGUCUGAAAUUCUAAAAAAUGAGAGAAAUUUAAAUAUUGAAGAAAGGACCCCUUUUGAUUCUCAAGAAUAUACUUCUGAUGAACAGAUAAUUGAAAAAAAAAUUGGAGAAAAACAAAUAUCUAAUGGAAAAUGUUAUCAAAAUACUAAUGAUGGACGUGAAUUCAAUGAUGAAUCACUAGAUUUUGAAUCGUAUUGUAAAAUGAAAUUGAACGAGCAUGAAUCUGGAAUGAUACCCACUAUGGGCAACGCCCACGCAAAUCCAGCUUUUCAUUCUCCUGCUGCGAUAAAUUUGCCUGAUUUAGAGAUGGCGGGAGUGGAUAAAAUAAAAAAUGCUUCUACAUUUAAUCAACGAGCUAUCGUUGUAUCACGACCAUUGUCUAAUUUAUCUCGCUGCUCUGAAACAAUAUCUGACGACGGUUCGGCAUCUAUUCAGUUUAACAAUACAAGUAAUAGUGGUGCUCGAUCAUGUUCUGAAUUUGGAGAUUAUCGCUAUGAAUGCCCAGAAUGUUUAAAAACGUAUUCAUGCCCGAAAAACGUGAAACGUCAUCGCACGGCUGUUCAUAAAGUUACAUCAUAUCAAUUAAACAAAAUGAAACCACGUCGCAUACAUAUUUUAAGUGAUAGUUUUUCCAUGGAUGAGCGACCUUAUGAAAAGAAUACAUCGAUAAUUUUGUCAAAGCCAGAUACAUCUAUUGCAAUUGUUAAUCAUUUUUCUGAAAAGUAUAUCUCGAGUUCAGCAGUUACUGUUUCUGCUUCUGUUAAUAAAAAUUGGUCAGCUGUAUAUACCGAUUCAUCAGCUGUAAAGCAAAUCUCUUAUCAGAUUUUAGACGAUGAAAGGACUGGUGAAGAUAUAGCACAAAUUUCAGAAUUUACAGUUCGUAAUAGUAACGACGGUAUAGCCGAUAAUAACGAAGGUGAGUGUAAGAAACCAGUGGCCGAACUCGCUGAAGCUGAUACUACUUUUGCUGAAGAAUGCGAUCAAACAAAUUGUCCAUCUCAUUUAUCAAAUUCGAUUGUAUCUAAUGGAAACGUGAUUUCAAGUGCUGCGAAUUCAUGUUUUUCUAAUACUUCAUUAUAUCUAACAACCGAUUUAAAUUCGCUUCCUCAAGGACAACUUACAGUGCCAACUAGCAGCAGCUUUUCAGCUCAAUUACCUCCAAUUCGAGGAGUGGUGCCUCUGACAACUUGUUCUCAGUCGAGUCUAGCGUUACAAAAUAUUAGUUUGAUGAAAAAGGAUCAAGUGAAUUCUUUAGCAUUAGAUCAACGGCAACAGAAAUCGGUGCUUAAUCAAUCUUCAAAACAACAAACGGUACAACAAAAACUUGUACAACAACAAAUUCAUCAUUCACCAGUGCAUAACUCUACUGUACAUUCACAGACUGUUAGGCCAAAGCAAGCUCAUGUAUGUUUGGAUUGUAAGAGAACGCUAUCAUCCGACUAUUCAUUAAAGCGACAUCGUACCACUUGCGCUGAAGUUAAGGCUGCAGCAAAAGCAGCUAGUGGAACCGCCGGCCAACAACCCACGUAUGAAACUCCUGUAGCUACCACUCCAACUACAUUAAUAUUCACGUCGAAUGCUAUUAUCGAAUCACACCAAAAUACGGAAAUGGUACCACAGACGUUUGCCAGUCUAGAAGAUGAUGCAGAUAGUGGUGUUCUUUGUAGAGUUUGUGAUUGUUGGUUGCCUGAUCAACGUCAGUUUGAAUUACAUUGCGAUGAAUUACAUCCCAUUGCAGCUGAUCCCGACAGCACUACUGUUAGUCAAGUUAGUGAUCAAUUUAUUACACCACCUAAUGCUUUUGUCUUCAACACGUCAGAUAUUAUAUUAAAUUCUAAUGUACUUGCACCAUCAAGAAAGCGUUCGGGCGUGGAUGAUUUUUCUCAUAGUAAUAAGAAUGGUAAACAUCUUUGUCAGGCUUGCGGUAAAUUCUAUUCGUCCGAAUGGAAUCUUGAACGUCACAAACGGGAAAGUUGUCCUCUAAGAGUAAAACGUUGCAAAUCCAAUGAAGAUAAGACUUUAAACAAGUUUGAUCUUUUUCAACUUUUGCUUGUUCAACGAGUAAAAGAAACAAUAAAAUUGGUCAGUUUGGAGUCUAUAAAUUUAGGAAAUACUGAUCAGUUGAAAUGGACUGAUGACUGUGCUAUUGUUAUUGGUGACUUUCGAAUUUGUGUCUGUCGAUCCAGCGUCGACUUCGCUGGUUCCCUUGAAUUGACGCAUAUUUCGUUACUUGCUAAAGCUUGUGAUGGUUGGCACCAAAAGCGAAGAGAGCCAGUCAAGACCUGGACUGAUACAGCCAGGAAAAAUUUUGAACAUAUAGGGAGACCAGCGAUAUAUGGACUUAGACGAUGA